CUCGGCAAUCGAGGAACUUUGAUUCGAUUGAAAAAUCUGUGAAUUAAAACAUUUGCAGAAAUUUUGGAAAUAUGAAAAGAGUUUAGUUAAUACAACUAGUUUUUUAAAGAAAUUUUAUUAAAAACUUGGCGAAAUGGCUUGCAGAGCGGUGUCAUUACUAUUCGUGACAUUGGUACUGGCGCCUCUACCGAAUUUUGCUGAAAUAUCAAAACGACAAAAUGAAGAAAAUUUCGACAUUGGCGCAUAUGAUGACGAGGAAUUUGUGCCGGUGAGUCCUUGCAGCGUGCAACGAGCUGGUGAUCCUGAUCUUACGAAUUAUGAUAUCAUCUCUUCGUAUCACUUUGACGAGUACUAUCACCAAUAUCAGGGCGUCAGUCAAAUAAUUGGUUCGACUGGAUAUCAGACCGCUUAUCACUUUGAGGAGUACUCCAAUAUGACUAUCGAGUCCUCACAAGCAUUCCCCAAAGGUGUGCCUGAUGCAUUUUCAUUUGAGUGCACUUUUCGUGUACCCGAAUUCGAUCCGCCAAAUGAGUGGUUUCUCUUCGAGCUCUCAGACUAUAGAUAUGAAUCCCAGAUGAGUGUGAUCAUGAAUCCAAUUUACAAUGCGCUUGAAUUUUCGCUUCCAAAAUAUGAUGGUUCACUACAGACAGUAACAUUCGAGGAGUUAGAAAUAUUUGAUUACUCAUGGCACAAAGUAAUGUUGGGCGUUACUCAGGAUGCUGUGCGACUGUGGGUCGAUUGCGAGCCUGUACCUGAUCGAAAUGGCAGCCUAUAUACACCGUUGGAUGUGCGCAGUCCAAUCGACUCGACUGAAGGUGCCUUUACAGUGGCACGGGAUUGCAAAACUAAAAGCACAGUGCCUAUUGACUUACAAUGGAUGAUAUUUAGCUGUGAUGUUGAUAAGCCUGAACGUGCCACCUGUGAGGAUAUUCCCAAAUACGCAAGAGCUCCCAAAGAGAUGGUGGAAAAAGAACCGCUUCCCGCACCACGACCCACCGUGGUGUCUUCGCCAACACCUGGUCGUCCGGACUUAACAUUUCUCACAUCAACUACUUACCGACCAUUUAUGCUGUCUUCUACCCCCUCUGCGCUGCAGGGACAAGAAUUACAUGCUUGCCCGGAAGUAUGCCCUAGAGGACCACCCGGACCACCUGGUCCCCCUGGGCCACGAGGUUUCGAAGGCACGCCUGGUCAACCCAGCCCAUAUGGCAACCAGUUCGAUGGUCGCUUAAGUAAAGGUGAAAAAGGUGAGCCGGGUGAUUUUGGCAUGCCUGGCUUACCUGGAGCAGAAGGGCAGCGAGGCUUGCCAGGAGCUCGCGGUUUUGAUUGUGUACCGGGACAAAAAGGAGAAUCCGGCGCCAUGGGACCACCGGGGCCUCCAGGGCCUUCAGGAGCUUUUAUAAGCGAUGAGAAAAUCAGAGAAAGUGUAGCGAACAUAACAACUGAUUUGUUAGGUUCCAGAGGUGUGUCAGGUAUGCCAGGCUUACCAGGCUUACCAGGCGCCAUCGGACAAAAGGGAGAGCGUGGUAUACCAGGAUUGGACGGAGGUAUGGGGGAACGUGGUGAAACCGGACUGCCAGGAGAGAAAGGGGAACGUGGGUUUGUAGGCCCAGCAGGACCUGCCGGACCUCCCGGACCGCCAGGUGAAUCAGGUACAAUACACAGCGAAGUAAGAAAUGUAGAAGAACGUGAAAUACGAGAGAUUUGCUUAGCUGUUGUUAGAGAUUACAUUAGUGAAAUUGCUUCGACUUUGACGGGACCACCUGGUCCACCAGGUAGACGUGGUUAUGGACGCCCUGGGCCACCGGGAUCUCCAGGAAUACAGGGUGAUUCGGGACCGCAGGGACCACCGGGUGAACGUGGCUACCCCGGUAUUCCCGGCCUACAAGGGCCACAAGGUGAAACUGGUCCUCGUGGACCAGAGGGACAAAAGGGUGAUCGUGGUGACGAUGGCGUUGGUCAACCGGGACAAAUGGGUGCACCUGGGCUGCAAGGGCCUGAAGGACGUUGUGUGGAUGGUUUGCCAGGCAGACCUGGUGAAGCUGGCGUUGUUGGUGCACCAGGCGAACCGGGUGCACACGGACCACCUGGGCAACCGGGAGUGUGUCCGGAUUGUACUGCUUAUCAAGCAGCAUACGCCUAUCCAUUAUUGCUUGCCCAGCAGCAACAGAAUAAUAAAGGUCCACCGAACUACUACAAUAAAGGGCCGCCAGUCAAUUACUACAAUAAGGGUUAAGGCUUACGGGUUAUUAUGAAAAUUUGUUAAUUAGAUUUGUUAAUAACAAAAAAUCCUUAAAUAAA